GUGUGUGUCUGUGUAUGACAGUGUGUGUAUGUGAGUGCGUGUGUGUUUCUUCAGAAGCUAAGCCAAAGAGAGAGGCUGUUCCUUUAAAGCAAAACUGAAAAAAAUGCCUUCAGGCAUCCUAUUACAGUGGAAUGAGCCAAGGAUCAGGAUUUGCAGCUCAGCUAUAUAAACCCAGCAGAAUCUGGCUGAUCUGACCAGUUUGCCUUACUGUCAAACGUUUCUUUCACACACACACACACACACACACACACACACACACUCACACAGAAUUAGGCAUCACAACUUCUCUGAGUUUUGACAGGACGGCAACAAAGUCAGAAGCUGAUAGCUGACUUUAACAUCUUUAUUUCAUGGAGGCUGCUCGCAGCAGGAUCUAAUCUCUGUCAGAGUCUGUAAGGGAACAAACGUGACAGGAAAGGAAAGGAAACCCAACUUGGUUUGAACUGGCUCUUCAAUUUCUCCUCCAGACUAAAAAGGCCAAAUAAAUAUAAGACUCCAUCAGCUUUGAAAAGGAACUGAACGCCACAAUGGGACUCCCCACCCAGGUUUUGGCCUGUGCGAUCUUAGCUUUGCUGUACCAGCAUGUCAGUGGUGGACUCAUCAAGCGAAUUAUCCGGCAGAAGCGGGAGACUGGGCUAAACGUGACCUUACCAGAGGAUAGCCAGCCCCUGGUUUUUAACCACGUCUACAACAUUAAGUUGCCUGUUGGCUCCCUUUGCUCUGUGGACCUGGAUACAGCAAGUGGUGAUGCAGACCUGAAGGCAGAAAUUGAGCCUGUCAAGAAUUACGAGGAGCACACGGUGAAAGAUGAGAACCAGAUUGUCUUCACGCACCGUAUCAACAUCCCCCGCCGGGCUUGUGGCUGUGCAGCUGCCCCAGAUAUUAAGGAUCUGCUGAGCAGACUAGAGGAGCUGGAGGGGCUGGUAUCCUCCCUACGGGAGCAGUGUGCCAGCGGGGCUGGAUGCUGUCCUAAUUCCCAGACAGCAGAAGGUCGCCUGGACACGACACCCUAUUGCAGCGGACAUGGCAACUACAGCACUGAGAUCUGCGGCUGCAUCUGCGAGCCCGGCUGGAAAGGCCCCAACUGCUCUGAACCAGCCUGCCCGCACCACUGCUUCAACCGGGGCAUGUGUUUACAGGGCAAAUGCAUCUGCGACGAGGGCUUCACUGGUGAGGACUGCAGCCAGGCCUCCUGCCCUUCCGACUGUAACGACCAAGGCAAGUGCGUGGACGGGGUUUGUGUGUGCUUUGAGGGGUACACAGGCACAGACUGCAGCGAGGAGCUCUGCCCCCAUGGGUGCAGCGUGCACGGGAGGUGCGUGGGCGGGCGGUGCGUGUGCCACGAGGGCUUCACUGGCGAGGACUGCAGCGAGCCCCUCUGCCCCAACAACUGCCACAACCGCGGGCGCUGUGUGGACAACGAGUGUGUCUGCGAUGAGGGCUACACUGGCGAGGACUGCAGCGAGCUCAUCUGCCCCAACGACUGCUUCGACCGCGGGCGCUGCGUCAACGGGACCUGCUUCUGUGAGGAGGGCUACACCGGAGAGGACUGUGGGGAUCUGACCUGCCCCAACAACUGCAAUGGCAAUGGGCGCUGUGAGAACGGGCUGUGUGUCUGCCACGAGGGCUUCGUUGGGGAUGACUGCAGUGAGAAGAGGUGCCCGAAGGACUGCCACAACCGUGGGCGCUGCAUGGACGGGCGAUGCGUGUGCCAUGAGGGGUACCUGGGCGAGGACUGCGGGGAGCUGCGGUGCCCCAACGACUGUCACAACCGCGGACGCUGCGUCAAUGGGCAGUGCGUGUGCGACGAGGGAUUCAUCGGGGAGGACUGCGGGGAGCUGCGGUGCCCCAAUGACUGCAACAACCGCGGGCGCUGCAUCAACGGGCAGUGUGAGUGCCACGAGGAAUUCAUGGGGGAGGACUGUGGUGAGCUGCGGUGCCCCAACGACUGCAACAACCACGGGCGCUGCGUCAACGGGCAGUGUGUGUGUGACGAGGGGUACACGGGAGAGGACUGUGGUGAGCUGCGGUGCCCCAACGACUGCCACAACCGUGGGCGCUGCGUGGAGGGACACUGUGUGUGUGACAAUGGCUUCACGGGAGAGGACUGCGGUGAGCUGUCCUGCCCCAAUGACUGCCACCAGCGUGGGCGCUGUGUCAACGGGCGCUGUGUGUGCCAUGAGGGCUUCACUGGGGAAGACUGCCGUGAACGGUCCUGCGCCAAUGACUGCAACAACGUGGGCCGCUGCAUCGAUGGACAGUGUGUCUGCGAGGAUGGUUACAUGGGAAUCGACUGCUCUGAUGUGUCUCCUCCAACAGAGCUGACUGUAACAAAUGUAACAGAUAAAACUGUAAAUCUGGAAUGGAAGCAUGAGAAUCUCGUCAAUGAGUACCUUGUCACCUAUGUCCCUACCAGCAGUGGUGGCUUAGAUCUGCAGUUCACUGUACCAGGAAACCAGACAUCUGCCACCAUUCAUGAACUGGAGCCGGGUGUGGAAUAUUUUAUCCGUGUCUUUGCAAUCCUUAAAAACAAGAAGAGUAUUCCAGUCAGUGCCAGAGUAGCAACAUAUCUGCCUGCUCCAGAAGGUCUGAAAUUCAAAUCUGUUAGAGAAACAUCUGUCCAGGUAGAGUGGGAUCCUCUGAGCAUUUCAUUUGAUGGCUGGGAGCUGGUCUUCCGUAAUAUGAAAAAGGAUGAUAAUGGAGAUAUAACCAGCAGCUUGAAAAGGCCAGAGACAUCAUAUAUGCAGCCAGGCUUGGCACCAGGGCAACAGUAUAAUGUAUCCCUUCAUAUAGUGAAAAACAAUACCAGGGGACCAGGACUAUCCAAAGUGAUAACCACAAAGCUUGAUGCCCCUAGCCAAAUUGAGGCAAAAGAUGUCACAGACACCACAGCUCUGAUCACAUGGUCCAAACCCUUGGCUGAAAUUGAAGGCAUAGAGCUCACCUAUGGCCCCAAGGAUGUUCCAGGGGACAGGACUACCAUUGACCUCUCCGAGGAUGAAAACCAAUAUUCUAUUGGAAACCUGAGACCCCACACAGAAUAUGAAGUGAUGCUUAUCUCUCGGCGAGGGGACAUGGAAAGUGACCCCAUGAAAGAAGUCUUUGUCACAGACUUGGAUGCUCCAAGAAACCUGAAGCGAGUUUCACAGACAGACAAUAGCAUUACUUUGGAGUGGAAGAACAGCCAUGCAAAUAUUGAUAAUUACCGAAUUAAGUUUGCUCCCAUUUCUGGAGGAGACCAUGCUGAGAUCACAGUGCCAAAGGGCAACCAAGCAACAACCAGAGCUACACUCACAGGUUUGAGGCCUGGAACUGAAUAUGGCAUUGGAGUGACAGCAGUGAGACAGGACAGGGAAAGUGCUCCUGCUACCAUUAAUGCUGGCACUGAUCUUGAUAACCCCAAGGACUUGGAAGUCAGUGACCGCACUGAAACCACCCUGUCACUUCGCUGGAGAAGACCAGUGGCCAAGUUUGAUCGUUACCGCCUCACUUACGUCAGUCCUUCUGGAAAGAAGAAUGAAGUGGAGAUCCCUGUGGAUAGCACCUCUUUUAUCCUUCGAGGGUUAGAGGCAGGAACAGAAUACACCAUCAGUCUGGUGGCAGAGAAGGGCAGACACAAAAGCAAACCCACAACUGUCAAGGGAUCGACUGAGGAAGAACCUGAGCUUGGAAAAUUAUCAGUAUCAGAGACUGGCUGGGAUGGUUUCCAGCUCACCUGGACAGCAGCUGACGGGGCCUAUGAGAACUUUGUCAUUCAGGUGCAGGAGGCUGACAACCCAGAAGAAACCCGGAAUAUCACGGUCCCAGGCAGACUGCGCUUUAUGAAUGUUACAGGCCUCAAGGCCAACACACCUUAUAACAUCACACUUUAUGGUGUGAUUAACGACUACAGAACCAAACCCCUUUCUGUUGAAACGGCGACAGGGGUGCACCCAGAAGUUGGUGAGCUAACCGUUUCCAACAUUACUCCUGAAAGCUUCAACCUUUCUUGGACAACCACCAAUGGGGACUUCGACGUCUUUACUAUUGAAAUUAUUGAUUCUAACAGGUUGCUGGAGCCCAUGGAGUUCAACGUCUCAGGCAAUUCAAGAACAGCUCAUAUCUCGGGGCUUUCCCCCAGCACUGAUUUUAUAGUCUACCUCUAUGGGAUCUCUAAUGGUUUCCGCACACAGGCAAUAAGCUCUGCAGCUACAACAGAAGCAGAACCCGAGGUCGACAACCUUCUGGUUUCAGAUGCUACUCCAGACGGCUUCCGUCUGUCCUGGACUGCGGAUGAUGGGGUUUUCGACAGUUUUGUUCUAAGGAUCAGGGAUACCAAAAGGAAGUCUGAUCCACUGGAACUAAUAGUACCAGGCCAUGAGCGCACCCACGAUAUAACAGGGCUGAAAGAGGGUACUGAGUAUGAAAUUGAGCUCUAUGGAGUUAGCAGUGGACGGCGUUCCCAACCCAUAAAUUCAGUAGCAACCACAGUUGUUGGAUCUCCCAAGGGAAUCUCAUUCUCUGACAUCACAGAAAACUCUGCUACAGUCAGCUGGAUAGCCCCGCGCACCCGCGUGGAGAGCUACAGGAUCUCCUACGUCCCUGUCACAGGAGGUACUCCCAAUGUUGUUACGGUAGAUGGAAGCAAGACAAGGACCAAGUUGGUGAAGUUAGUCCCAGGUGUAGAUUAUAAUGUUAAUAUCAUCUCUGUGAAAGGCUUUGAAGAAAGUGAACCCAUCUCUGGAAUUCUGAAAACAGCUCUGGACAGCCCAUCAGGACUGGUGGUGGUGAACAUUACAGACUCGGAGGCUCUGGCAACCUGGCAGCCAGCAAUUGCUGCUGUGGAUAACUAUGUUGUCUCCUAUGCUUCUGAGGAUGAGCCAGAAGUUACUCAGAUGGUAUCAGGAAACACGGUGGAGUAUGACCUGAAUGGCCUUCGACCUGCAACUGAGUAUACACUGAGCGUCCAUGCAGUGAAGGACACACAAAAAAGCGAGACCCUCUCCACGCAGUUCACUACAGGAAUGGAUGCUCCAAGAGAUUUAAGUGCCACUGAGGUUCAGUCAGAAACAGCUGUGAUAACUUGGAGGCCUCCACGUGCUCCUGUCACUGGUUAUCUCCUGAUCUACGAGUCUGUUGAUGGCAAAGUCAAGGAAGUCAUCCUAGACCCUGAGACAACUUCCUACACCCUGGCAGAGCUGAGUCCAUCUACCCAGUACACGGUAAAACUCCAGGCACUGAACAGACCCCUGAAGAGCAGAACAAUCCAGACUAUUUUCACCACAACUGGUCUUCUCUAUCCUUACCCUAAAGACUGCUCACAGGCUCUCCUGAAUGGAGAAGUCGUCUCUGGGCUCUACACAAUUUAUCUGAAUGGGGACAGGACCCAGCCUCUGCAAGUCUUCUGUGACAUGGCCGAAGAUGGGGGCGGAUGGAUUGUAUUCCUGAGGCGCCAAAAUGGAAAGGAAGAUUUCUACAAGAACUGGAAGAGUUAUGUGGCUGGCUUUGGAGAUCCUAAGGAUGAAUUCUGGAUAGGUCUUGAGAACCUCCACAAAAUCACUUCUCAGGGCCAGUAUGAACUGCGUGUGGAUCUGCGAGACAGAGGCGAGACAGCUUACGCUGUGUACGACAAGUUCAGCGUCGGGGACUCGAAGACCCGGUACCGGCUAAGAGUGGAUGGCUACAGCGGCACAGCAGGUGACUCCAUGACCUACCAUAAUGGCAGGUCCUUCUCUACCUUUGACAAGGACAAUGAUUCUGCUAUCACCAACUGUGCUUUGUCAUACAAGGGUGCAUUCUGGUACAAGAACUGUCACCGAGUCAAUCUGAUGGGCAGAUAUGGUGACAACAACCACAGUCAGGGUGUAAACUGGUUCCACUGGAAGGGCCACGAGUACUCCAUCCAGUUCGCAGAGAUGAAGCUGAGACCUUCAAGCUUCCGAAAUCUGGAAGGAAGACGAAAGCGAGCAUAAAGCCUUGGGGUGGUGAAAGGGCUACAAGCAGGGCAAUGGGGGGGAGGGACAGAGAACAGGGGGUGUGGGGGAAUCCUCUGGCUUCACUGGGGUGGAGGGGUGUGAGGAGCUGGCAGUUGUACCAAAGCAUUGGUGACCCUUGGCGCAACAGAGGCUUCUGCAGCAGUCCAACCAACAAGCCUUACAUGCCCCAGCGUUUCCAGCAGAGCAGCUCCUGCUGCCCACCAGUCAUGUCCUUCACGCCAAAGACAGUGAUCUCAAGGGUUGUAUGUUGUUUUGUUAAUUUUUCUUUUCUCAGCCUCUGGGAUGAAGUUCUUCCACGGUCUGACUAUCUCUUGGGUGGCCCAGGGUAGGGGAGGGAGAACAGCUUUGUAUAUUGGUAGUUUGUUUUAGAACCAGCCAUGUUUUUACACACAGAAAUGUGUACGAUUAAUUAUCAUUAUUAUUAUUAUUAGAUAUAAUUGAAAUCCUUUGGUUGUUGGAAAGCCUUUUUUAUAUAUAUAUCAAGUACCACAGAUAAGGAAGGGGUGGGGAAGGGAAAGCAGUACAUUUUUAAACUUAAGCAUAAAAUUAAUAUUAUUAAUAUAAUGACAAAGUAAUAAUAAUAAUGAUAAUAAUAAGCUAAGUUUUUGUCAUUUUUAUGAGAACCAUGCUUUCAGAAACACAGCAGGACAGUGUCUGAUUGUAAAUUUUUUUAAAAAAAUAAAAGCACAAUUACUUUUAAAUAAAUUUCUACCUUUUUUCAUACAUGUUGAUUUUGUACAUGUCCAGGGUAUAUUUACUUACGUGGGGAAGUAAAAGGAAGGCUGAAAAUGAUCAGGCUGCUGAGUCCGUACUGAAAACUGUUCCUUUUGUUAGUGAUUGGCUGUAAGUAUUCUUCUGGGUUUGUUACAGUGAAAGGCCUCUAAGGAUUUGAUUUCUUUUAGAACAUACUUCUUUUUUUUUCCUGCCCAAAAGCUUUUACAUGUUUUUCUCAGUGUUACUGACCAACACUCGCUCCAUCUAGGUGGGAAGAACUAACAAAAGAAAGCAAGGAAAGUACAGAGUUGUUAGGUACCACCGGUGACUUUGAACACUUGUGUAAAUAAAGGGCUCUCUUUUUGUAUGAAUGAAACCUCUGUGUAGUUACUCUGUAUCAUGCUCUUCAGUUGGAGACAAUAAAAGAUCUUUUGUUUUAA